AUGACUCUGGCAAUGGAAAUCAGCCAAAUUCUGUAUUUGACCAAUGUUACCACGGAGACGUCAUACAAAAAAGAAUUCACACUGAUAGUCCACGACUCCAAAGAAUCACAUGUUCUUCUGAGCUCCUACAAUCCAAUUCUAUUUAUUGAACGAUUCCAAAGUUUGGUAUCUUCGUUGACCCUCAUCCCAAAUUUAGACAACACAAUGGGACUACUUUCAAUAGUUCAAGCUCAGAAAAUGAACAUUCAACCAACUGCUCAAGUGUAUUAUUUCACAAAUCAAGCUGUUAAAAAUGUUCAAAAUAUAUCCAGACACUGGGAUAUAAUAGGAAGACACAUGGAGGUCAACUUUUUCACCAUUGCUGAUGGAGUCACUACAGAAAUUUUUGCACUUCAAAAACAGUUGGAACUUGUUCAAAAAAUGUCAAACGGUCGACUGAUCCCACUGGGAAAAACUGAAAAUACACUUUAUCCAUUAUUUGCUGAUAUGAUGGGAGUGACUACACUGACUACUGACAAUGAACAAUAUAAUUGCCAUGAUGCUCCUUUGGAAAUCAAUGGAUAUUUAGAGGAUGGAGCGGAAUAUUCCGUUAUUCAAGUCAUUGGAACUGGCUUGAAAACUGUUUCAAUGCAAGACUCAAACGAAUCGAAUAUAUUCGCUAGUGGAGUUUGGAAACUAUCAGCAUUAGUCACCUCGGGUGGCUGCCAGAUUACAGUAAGACAAAAAACUUCGAUUGGGAUGAUUCUUGGAUUCACGUCGUCUGACAAUGAUGACAUUGCUUCCACUCAAAUAAUUUCACAAAGAAGUUUAUCCGGAUUACAUCCGAUUUAUUCCCUACUCAAAACAACUGGAGAAGUCACACCAACUAAUUUGGAACUACAAAUUGUGAAUAGAAAACGAUACGAUCAACCUCAAAGUUAUUCGAACUCGACGAUUACUCCGCGAGAUGCUAAUUCUUGUACAUACAAUUUCGUAUCCGAAAGUCUAGUGGUUCCGAAAAAUGAGCUCGUAACAAUCACAGUAUCUGGUUUUGAUUUUGGAAAACUAGUUCUUCAUCGGAUAUUCUACUAUUAUCAACAUCUACCAGCAGAUCCAUCAGUAUGUCAUGGCGGUCAAGUAGAUCAAUUCGGACAAUGUAAAUGCCCAGAAAGAUAUACUGGAGAGUACUGUUGGGAUAGAAUAUGCCAACAACCUGCAAUAUAUUCCUAUGGAAUGUGUAGCUGCUUUCCCGGUUUCUACGGUGAUUUUUGUGAAAUCGAACUACAUAUCAACGAUACUGCAGUAUCACAAGUUACCCAUAUCCCAGAAGAGACGACUACAUGCUUCUCACAACAAACAUUUUCAUUACUAGUCAUAAUUGCCACAUUUUGUUUGUAUUUUGUCUUAAUUUGA